UUACAAUACUCUCUGCAAAGGAGAAUUUCACAAUUUUACAAACCUGCACGUGUGAAGUUAGUCCAUUAAACAAAAGUCAAAUAUGGGAAGACCAACGAAGAAGCAUCAGAGUGGUGCUGCUACAGCCUUCAUCACAAGAACCAAAGCUGUAAAACGACUACAGAUUUCACUGAAGGAUUUCAGACGACUAUGUAUAUUGAAGGGAAUAUAUCCUGUAGAACCUUUACACAGAAAGAAGGCAGGAAAGGGCAGCACAUCAAACAGAACAUACUACUUCGUUAAAGAUAUACAGUUCUUGUUACACGAGCCACUCAUUAAUAAGUUCAGAGAAUUCAAGCAUUUUAUGAGAAGGCUGAAGAAAGCUUAUGGCCGAAAAAAUCUGAAUGCCGCUGCUAGGAUACGAAAGAACAGGCCAAAAUACAAACUUGAUCAUAUUGUCAAAGAAAGAUAUCCAUCAUUUAUUGAUGCAGUACGAGACCUGGAUGAUUGUUUAUCUAUGGUGUUCUUGUUUUCAACAUUUCCACAAACAAACAUUACAGAUUCACGUUUUAUACAACUAUGUCGGAGACUGACAGUGGAGUUUAUGCAUUAUGUAAUUGCUUCACAGUCUCUCAGAAAAGUUUUUAUUUCAAUAAAAGGUAUUUAUUACCAAGCUGAAAUAAUGGGUCAGACAGUGACUUGGGUGACACCACAUAAAGUUGGAUUUGCUCAUCCCACUGAUGUAGACUACAAAGUUAUGAAGACGUUUGCAGAAUUUUAUACCACACUACUUGGUUUUGUCAACUUCAAACUAUAUAAUUCUAUCAACCUGAAAUAUCCCCCUAAAUUACUGCUGGACAGUGAAAAGGAUGAAGGUGUGAAUCAGUCACAGAUGUCAGAGGUCACCAAGGAAAGUACACAAAAACCAAAGAAGAAAGGCAAGAAAGACCCCAGACAGGAGGCAAAACUAAACAGAUUUGUAGAGAAAGAAACUUUGGAAGAGAGAUUAUCUGCAUUAACACAGUCUUUAAAAACAAUAGGAUCAACAUUGGAUGAAGAUGUGCAGUUAGAUCAUUUCCCCUCAUCAGAGACAGACAACCCAGAUGGUAUUGAACUAGCAAAAAUAGAAAUGGAAAAACUUUCCAAGUUCCAGAACCUCUUCAAGGGCCUCAAAUUCUUUCUGAAUAGAGAAGUUCCAAGAGAGCCUCUUGUAUUUAUUAUCAGAUCAUUUGGAGGAGAAGUAUCAUGGUUUGAAACCCAGGCUGUUGGUGCUACAUACAAAGAAACAGAUGAGAAAAUCACACAUCAGAUUGUAGAUAGACCGUCAAUGGAAAAACAGUUCCUUUCUAGAUACUAUGUACAGCCACAGUGGUUAAUUGACUGCGUAAAUGCUCAGAUGAUACUACCACCAGAUGACUAUUUUAUGGGGGCAGUAUUACCGCCACAUCUAUCUCCGUUUGUAAACGAGCAGGAAGGAGAUUAUGUACCUCCAGAAAAACAAGUUCUUCUCAACAGGCAGAGAGGUAUAGACUCGGGUAUAGAAGAGGAAGAUUCUGACAGUGAAGUAGAAUCUGGAGACAAUGUGGAUGAUGAUGAUGAAGGAGAAGCAGAUGCUAAAGAAAAGUCGGGUGAGGAGGAGGAGGAAGAUGAGGAUAGUGAUGAAGAUGAUGAAGACAGUGAUGAUGAUGAUGAAGACAGUGAUGAUGAUGAAUCAGAAGAGGAAACAGUGAAGCGGAAAAAAAAUGAUGAAGAAUCCACACCUCCAAAAAAGAAGAAAAAGAAGGAUGAACAGAACACUAGUACAAUGUCUGUGGAAGCGGGGACAAUGGAAGAGGAGGAUGUUAACAGACGUUUACAACAACAGACGGCAGAAGAACGACGACUAGCAGAGAUGAUGAUUCCAAAAAAGAAGAAACGAUUAUACAAGAAAAUCAUGUACUCCAGGAAAAAGAAAUCACAAGAGGCAUUAAAACUAAAACAGAAGAGACAUGCAAUAGACAAACAACAAAAACUAGAAAAGAAGAAACAAAAAGUCUCACAAUAAAUUUGCAAACAGUAAAUUUGUAGUUGUAAUAAAAUGUGAUAAAACCUGUAAGGAUAGUAUACAAAGAUCUGUAUAUUUAAAAAAUAUUACAUGGAACAUCUUUUGAAUGCUGUGAAAUAUGUCAGAAUAUUGGAAACAGUACAACUAUUGGACAUUAUUAGGAAGCAGUUAAACUUGUACUGUAACCCAUCUUGCAGCCACAUGUUCACAUAUCAGAUGCAAGUAAUGCAUUUGAGUAUCUGUCAAUUUCCAUUAUGAAAAAGAAAAUGGGGAAUUGUUGGCAAGUUUUAAAAAUAUAUGCUAUGAUAUGACACCCAUAGUGUUAGAAAACAGAUACUGGUUUGAACAAUGUUGAUACACCUCAUGUCUAAACAAUACUAACAGUUCAUUGUAUUAGCUGCUGUAUUGCAAAUAAGACCGUUACAAAUACCUUAUACUAUAUGGACAAUUGUUUGCCUUGCUAAUAGAAUGGAACAAUUCCCUUGUUCAACAGUGGCAGCUGACUUUGUAGCAUGCAUUAUUGAUAAUGUUUGCCUAUCAUUGUUUUCUAGCCAGGAUAAUAAAGUCGUGUCUUGGAACACUGCUGUGCCAUUGGUUAAUUUGAAAACUGUACUCGGAAGCAGCCCAUCAAAUGCUUGAGCUUUGAGACUAUAGUCUCCAAACCUUGGAAACAUUUGCAAAGGAAGUUUGUAAUUGUUUAAAGAUGAGGAUAUCUUGGAAAUUUAUGUCUUGGUUCAUCGUUCAAAAAACCACAUACCUGUAUAUUAUUUGUUGACAAUGCUUUAUGAAGAAAUGAAAUGAUUUUAUGUAAGA